GCACUAUUGUUUCUUCUCACAUUAGGAAUGUUCUAAAUAAAUAAAUCACCAAUGCUAAAAACAGCAAAAGUGUACAUAUAUUCCACAAAAGGUAAAAAUCUACACCUCUCCUCAUCACUGCUGCGCAUGCGUACAUAUCCCACAAUGCACCCUUAACCAUGGAGGUGGGGGUGCGAUAUUUUUGUGGAUGAACUCAUAAAUUCCUUAAAUAUUCGCAUUGAAAAUGGAUUUACAGCGAGGAUAUCCCUAUAUUAUGUCGUACGUGAGGCGAGUUCUCAUCAGCCAAGAGGCUGCAUUAGUUGCAGGCUUGUCAUUUCUUCUUUACGCGAUGUUUUUAUACGGGCCGUUCAUCAUGUACACAGUUAUCCGAACGUUGAAAUUCACCUGGUUUCGACACUUCAGUAGUGUUGAUAUUCCAGAGCCCAUUGACAUAAUAUCAGCAUCUGACGAAGACAAGACCACCUGGAAAGUCGUUAAAGACAAUGUUGCCGUAGUGGCAAUCCAAGGUCGGCGAGGUCAGAUGGAAGAUCGGUUCAAUUUUGUCUCAGAUGUGGAGAGGACGGGGACGUCUGUGUACGGUGUGUUCGAUGGACAUGGAGGAGAGUCAGGGACCACAGCUAUCAUCUCUAUAUUGAAUAAAAACAAGCUGACCGUUGCAAAUGUUGGCGACUCUCGGGGAGUCCUUUGUGAUAAAGAUGGGAAGACAGUGGCGCUCUCUUUUGAUCAUAAACCAAAUCAGGUAAAAGAACGCCAAAGGAUUGAAGAAGCAGGCGGCUUUAUCUCUUUCACAGGUGUAUGGCGAGUCGCUGGCAUUCUGGCAGUCUCCAGAGCUUUGGGCGAUUAUCCUCUCAAACUUAACAACCUGGUGAUCGCAAAGCCAGACGUACUGACAUUUGACCUGAAAGAACUUCGACCCAAAUUCAUCAUCCUUGCAACAGAUGGAUUAUGGGACAUGUUCAGCAAUGAGGAUGCGGUGAAAUUCAUCGAGCAGCGACUUCACGAGGCAGAUUUUGGUGCUAGUGACUUGGUGUGGGCAGCGUAUGAAAAAGGGGCCUUUGAUAAUAUUACUGUGAUGAUUGUGACUUUUGGUGAGAACCAGUUCGGAAAUGGUUAAAGAGCCAGAAUAUGUCUGUCUUAAAUGAUGUUUUCAUCCUGGAUGUCAAAAGUUUGGAUUAUUUCCUUCUCGACUUGUUAUUAUACUUAGUGCAGGGAUUAGAUUUUUCCAACUAUCUGCAGAUUAUCGACUUUUUGGGAGCCAAAAAUAUCAUUUUUGAGACCAAUGCUGAUCUGCAAUAAAAACUGGUUGUGGGGGAGGGGUGUAUGUCUGAAUGCCACGCCAUAUUUUCAGACUUUUUCACUAAAUGUCAGCCUCAUCCCUGUCAAUGUGUCCACUGUGUUUAUCACCCUGUUGUUCAGAAGAUGGACUGUGUAGACUUCACCAUCUCUUUGAGUUUCAGGGUAUUGGACUACCCUCUGGUCACCCUGAGUAUCACACUGAUGAGACUUUUCCGACUUUUGUUGGAAUUCCGAUGUUUUCAUGGUCAUUUGGGUCAUUCUUGUGAAUUGUGUACCCUGGACCCCAGUCAAUUUUCCUACUUUCUCAGUGUGGACGGGUCUCAUCCCUGUAUCAGGCUACUUCGUGUCAUAACAGAAUACAGUUUAUACCACAAUUAAUGCCAAUCAGGAGUUUUACAAGCAGGGUGCCAAUUGAUCAAGUUUUGGAGAAAUGUGAUGAUAUGUCUUCCUUACACCUUAAGUAUCCAUAACCACUGGGGAUGGGGGUGGGGGGGGUUGAGUUCUACAGAUGUUUAAAAUUGACAUAACUGUUAAAUAUAUAACAAAGGACAUCUGCAAAACAUGUUAAAAAAUUGAAAAUAUUUGGCACUUGAAAAUGAAUUAAUAUUUUGAAAUGUGUGAAUCUGACAAGGCUACAUUAGGUGACAAUCUUUGCAAAAUAUCCAAGAGGCCCAUUUGCAAUUUUGAUGAAAUUUUCAAAGUGAAAAAAUUUACAUCGGGGGAGAAUCAUCUUUAGACAAAACUUUUGAGACCAAUUAAAUUUUCAAGUUUUAACAGAUUUAGAUCUUAAGAUCAGCAGGAGAAGAGAGCUGAGAUGAAGCCACAUGAACUGAUUACAUCCUUUAAGCAUUAUAAAAGAAGGAAAAAAAUAAUCUGAUUGGUCCUUAUACAUGUAUCAGGUCCCUGACUGAUGGAAGAUUUGUUCCCUUCUUUAAUUUCUCUCUUGGUUAUCAUAAUCCCAACUCAGACAGUGGCUGUUGUCAUUGACUGUAGUGUCAUCAGUUCCUCGUGGUUGACAGAUGGAGUGGGCGUGUCCCCUUAUCAUUAGGAAGACUCAGCAUAUGUAUCCAAACACUGUGAUCCAUAGAAAACUGAUCCUUUGUUAUAAGUAUAGAAAAGCUGUGAAACUCAGGGUGGAGGGGUGGGGGUGGGGGGAGGGGUGUGUUCACCUGACCAUGUGAUUAGUCGGUAACGUGUUAGGAGACGGCUGAACUAUUUUGACAUCCAUGUGACUAUGACGCUCCAGGUGAAAAUGUCAGUUUACCCAGUAUUUUCAUAUAAUUUAUUACAAAUGGGUGGGUGGGGUGGAGGUUAUGCCUUUUUUUUUUCAAAUAAAUGUUUCCUUUUUUUUUCUUUGUUAUUAAUUAGUUUUACUUCACAAUCUUUGCUUGCAAACAAUUACUGAAGCCAAAUUGAAUGCAGUAUUUUCUCUGUCUCUUUUUUGUUUUUUACAAAAUGAACAUACUUGAUGUUUAAGUACAAAAGAAAAGUUUUCUUUGAAAUGACUUAAAUUGGUGGGAAUUAUUCAAUAGAUAGUACUUAGAAUGUAUAUACAUAAUAUCAUUGGAGUUCAUAGCUGUGCCAGCUUAAGGAGUUACAACGAAAAAUGUUAGACAGUUUUAUAUUUCUCUAGUAAGAUUGGACUGUAUAUAUAUAUAGACAAAAGUCCACAUGAAGUUUCCAGGGGGCAUUUAUGCUGCAUUUCAGAACUUUGUACUUGAUAAUGUAGGUCAGAGGGUUAUAAAUCUAUUUUAGUCACUGGAAAUUUGUACAUUUAAUUGAUUUUUUAAUCACCCAAACCCCAUGAUUCCUCAUACAUCUGGACUGUAUAGCUUUAGAAUUGUAGUAUACACCAAGGCUGUAAAAGUUACUGUAUUUUUAAAUGUUUUUUGAUAAGUAUUUAUAUAAUUUUAGAAAGAAAUAGUGAGGAGACUAUGAUUGUCAUGAACAAGGUUUAAAUAUUCGCAUUCUAUGAUCAUAAUUAUAUCUGUGCUAUGAUAUUGACCAAAUUUGAUCACAUAGUGAAUACAUCCAAGCUUACUGUACUUAGACAUUUUCAAAAAGUUUAAGGCAAUGUCACAAUUUGGGCUUACUUGUUGAUUCUUAAUACAUCAGGAAAUAUUUAGGUCACUGUUUUUGAGCUGACAUGAUACACUUAGGUAUUUCAGCCAUUAUACACAAAUUUUUGUCUGUAUUUUGGAUAAAUAGUCAAUAUAGAAUAAAGGGUAUUCAUUUAUUAAAAACUUCAUAU